AUGGAUUCUGACGAGGAAGCACUGCUUUUGCUGCUUCUGCUCAAGCGGAGACGACGGCGGCGACGUCAAAAGAGAAAAUUUUGGGUUCAUCCAAUUUUGGAAUUAAGAGAACAACAUGGACAAUUCCAUCAUUUGUUUAUGGAACUUAGAAGUGAUGAAGAAAAAUUUUUCAACUAUUAUAGGAUGUCAGUGUCUUCGUUUGAUGAAAUGAAUAAUAUACUAAGGUCUAAAAUUAAACGUGAAGACACAAUCAUGAAGAGAAGUAUCCAAGCAGAAGAAAGACUAGCAGUAACAUUGAGGUAUUUGGCAACUGGAUGUACAUUUAUGGAUUUGCAAUAUAGUUUUAGAAUAGCAUCAACAACAAUUGGUAAGAUAGUGAGGGAUGUUUGCAGAAAUAUAUGGAUACAUAUGAAGGAUAUGUGUAUGGAACAACUAACUGAAGAUAAAUGGAAAGACAUAAUAAAUGAUUUCAAAAAUACUUCUAAGUUUCCGAACUGCCUUGGCACCGUUGACGGCAAACAUAUUAGAAUAAUACAACCCGCGCAAAGUGGAUCGUCAUAUUAUAACUAUAAAAAUUAUUUUUCGAUAAUACUUCUAGCAGUAUGUGAUAGUAAUUAUAUGUUCACUUUCGUGGAUAUAGGCUCGUAUGGUAGGCACGCUGACUCGACUAUUUUCGAAGAGAGUUGUCUAUAUAAAUUGUUACAAGAAAAAAAGUUAAAUAUACCUCCACCUUCUGCAAUAUCGCAUAAUGGACCUUUAUUACCGAAUGUGUUUAUUGGAGAUGAAGCAUUCAGCUUGCAGGAAAAUUUAAUGCGUCCAUAUGGUGGCAAGAUUUUACCAGAGAAAAAAAAAAUUUUAACUAUCGGUUAUCACGUGCUAGGCGAUAUAUUGAAUGCACGGUACAGAAAGCUAUGGUACGUUACCUCAGCUUAG